GAAAAACGUGACAAGAAAGAGAGAGGAAAUGCAAAGGAAAUAAAUUUAAUUUUCAAUCGCUGUCGUGCGUAAUCGAGUUGUUCUUGUUAUUGUUCAUCUUGAGGAGGGAAAAAAGAGGGUUUGUUUUGCUUCCAAGAGAGAGAUAGGCAUCUGUCUUGAUUGUUUUGAUUUCCUUUUUCGUCAUUCUUAACCCUUUUUGUUCUGUCAACGCCUGUUCUUCCACGAUUCUCUUCGAUUUUUGUCUCGAUUGCGGUUUACGGCCAUGGCCACCAGCGGAAACAAGAACAUUAAUGCCAAAUUAGUGCUUCUUGGUGAUGUUGGUGCUGGGAAGUCGAGUCUAGUGUUGCGUUUUGUUAAAGGGCAAUUUGUUGAGUUUCAGGAAUCGACGAUCGGUGCGGCCUUUUUCUCUCAAACAUUGGCUGUAAAUGAUGCCACUGUGAAAUUUGAAAUCUGGGACACAGCUGGGCAGGAGAGAUACCACAGUUUGGCUCCAAUGUAUUAUAGGGGUGCAGCUGCAGCUAUUAUCGUCUACGAUAUUACUAACCAAGCUUCAUUUGAUCGGGCAAAAAAAUGGGUUCAAGAACUUCAAGCACAAGGCAAUCCGAAUAUGGUCAUGGCUUUAGCUGGGAAUAAAUCAGAUAUGUUGGAUUCUAGGAGUGUUGCUGCAGAGGACGCUCAAACGUAUGCGCAGGAGAAUGGCCUUUUCUUCAUGGAAACCUCUGCAAAAAGUGCUGCUAAUGUCAAUGAUAUCUUCUAUGAAAUAGCAAAGAGAUUACCACGAGUGCAACCGGUACAGAAUACACCAGGGAUGGUUCUAGACAGACCUGCUGAAAGGGUUGCAAGCACGUCGUGUUGCUCGUAGAACGUCAUUGUUCUACUCUUAAGGUGUCUGCAGAAUGACCUCCAUUUGUAUGCAGAAUUCUUGAGGAAAAGAAAGAGAGAAAAAAAAAAGGGUUGUUGAUGUUGAAUUUAUUAUGAUGUGUAAAUUGACUGCUGUGUUUAGAUGAUAUGCUUCUUUUGCAGCCACUAUAAAUGUGGCAGACUCACUACUUUGUGUUUAUAUGAUGACCUUCGGCUUGCUUCACA